AUGGCGAAUGAAGGAAGUAAUCAUGGGGUUGUUGUUGUGAUCCAAGGAGAGAUGGAGGAUGAGGUAGACGCCAGCGUGGAGAUGCUUGGGACAUCCGUUGUCACUGCUUGCGCAUCCAUGGUGUUAUCCGAUGACGAAGGAGAGAACGAGGGAGCCCACUGCAUCGGGCAAGCAGGCGCUGGGCGCCGCUACGAGUCGCGCAAGGGGCGUGCAACUCAAGUGGCAAGCGAGCAGGAUAAAAAGUUGGGUGCUUUGGGUGCUGAUUCAAAUAAAAAUCUGAGCGCCACUUUAGGCGCUGGACUGGACAGCUAUCUAGGCACUACACUGAUUGGUCUGGGUGAGCACAAUGUCCGUGUGAUAGGGCAAAGGUGUGGGCAGAGGAAGGUUCUGGCUUCUGGUGUGCUGGGCAGCCCAUUAGGCAAAGGAAAAGAGAGGAAGGAGGAGCCCUUGGGCGUUGCUUCCACGCACAGGACAGCUGCGCGUGUCGCUCAGGAGUUGGGCGAGCAUGGGGAUUCUUUAGGCGAGCCUGAGGCUGCCUUAGGCGCCCCGACUUCUCAAGGCCUCCCUCGGAAUGGCACCGGCCACACUUUGCGCUCUCACAAGAAAAAAACAACGAAGCAAAGUAGUUGA